AUGGAGUCGCUCCGUUUGGAAAAGGCGUACCGCGCCUGGGGACACGAUAUCUGCGACCUGGACACGGUCGUGGAGUCGGGCCUGACGUUUGCCAUCGCGCUCGACAAGGGUGUCGACUUCAACGGUCGGGAGGCGGUCCUCCGGCAGCUCGACGAGGGAGUGGCGCGACGGUUGGCCGUAUUCACCCUGGAAGACCCCGAACCCCUGCUGCUCGGCAACGAACCGAUCUGGCGCGACGGACAACUGGUCGGACGGACGACGUCAGGGACAUUCGGGCAUACGCUUGGCACCUCGGUUGGCAUGGGAUACGUCGAGAACCCGGACGGGGUGACGACCGACUGGAUUCGAGGCGGUGAAUAUGAGCUGGAGGUAGCCACAGAACGGUUCCCGGCGAAGGUACGGCUGACGGCGCCAUACGAUCCAAGAAGCAGGCGAGUGCGGAUGUAA